AGAGCCUGAAGCAGAUCAGCAGCCCUGGUCCCGGAGAUAAGAGGGUCCAGUAGCGCAGGUGUGGGUUUCCCAGCCAGCUCAGGCACGAGCAGGCUCCAGGUCACUUUGGCCCUGAUGUCUGCAGAGGCAGCUAUGUCUAUGUGUGACCCUGAAUUUGGCAGUGGCAAGGCGAAGGCGCCAAGCAUGGGGGGCAGGUGUCGUGGGUCCUGGUACGAGCGGUUCCUGCAGCCCUGUCUGGUGGAACUGCUGGGCUCUGCCCUCUUCAUCUUCAUCGGCUGCCUGUCGGUCAUCGAGAACGGGACGGACACAGGGCUGCUGCAGCCAGCCUUGGCACACGGGCUGGCCCUGGGCCUCAUCAUCGCCACACUGGGGAAUAUCAGGUGAGACGAGCUCCCAGCCAUCAGUCUGGGCUAACCUGGGCAGCGGGGGGUGGGGAGCAAGGCUAUCGGUGGGGACCCUGGGCGUGUACUCGGGCUUCCAAGUGCACUGUAGAUAGGAGUGUGCGCUGGGGAGUCAGACUGCCCGAGUUCGAAUCCUGCCUCUGCAGCUUAUGGGCUCUGUGGCUUUGGGUAAGUCCCUCUCCAAAUCCCAAAUAACAGGGGAAGAAGAGAGGUGUUUGUUUUUUUUUUUAUAGUUUUUUUUCUCAAGCCCACACCUAUUCAAUGCUAGCCAAGUGCCAGGCACUGUUCUAAGCACUUUCUUUUUUUUUUUU